UAGCAUGUGAGCUAUUGUAAUACAGAUACAUAUUUCUAUUCAUUUUACUAGCGUUCCUAUUUAAGGCCCUUUUUCAUAAUUUUUAUUCCUCGUUGUUAUUGAGAAAAUAUAUCAAAAUCAAUUAUCCAUAUAACUCUUCGGUAAUAAUUAUUCCAUAUUUUUCGUAAAUUGCUUUACCGAUCUGAAAGGUUAUAUUUUUGUCUAAAUAUAUUGGGGACGUUAGAUCCGUAGAACUCACUUGGAAAAUCUCCUAAUUUUUAAUUUUAAUCUGGAAUUUUGAAUUUCUAUGUUUUCUCACCAAGAACGCUUUCUUUUACCUUCAGCUUACAUUUCCCACUCAGAAAAUCCUUGACUGUCAUUGGUUGGUGGAUUGUUUUAGUACGCUAUGUUGUGGCUCUCACCAAGGUUGUUCCUAUCAAUGUAUGAGUGGGCUUUUGUUGUACGCUUAACGACCUCGUCUUUUCUAGGUGCCUGUAGAAUACAUUCUCUACGCUUAAUCAAGACUUCCUCCUCUUCGGAUUGGAAUAACCUGUCGUUUCACUACAUCGUUGAUCUUCGUUCCUUUUACCGAGUAAAGUGAACUCGUAAUACUUUCAAGCAUAUCAAUAAGCGACAGUGUUUUUUGAAACAUGGAUCCUUCUAAACUUGAAUUAUUACUUGAGCAGCAGCUGAAACUAAUGCAAAUGUUGACAGAUAUCAAGAUUUCGUCUUCCACACAGCCUAGCUCAUCAGAUGCAACCACAGCACCAUCAGUUGACGGUAUCGCAGAUAGCAUUGCUAAGUUUCAUUAUGAUCCUGAUGCCAAUUUCACUUUUGACAUGUGGUUCAGGCGCUAUGAAGACGUAUUUAAAUUUGAUUUUGCUAAUCAGGAUGAUGCUUGGAAAGUUCGGCUGCUACUUCGAAAGUUGGGUGAAAGGGAGCUGGACAGAUACUGUGAUUUAAUACUUCCUUUGAACCCACGUGACCGCUCAUUCUCAGACACAGUGCAGACAUUAAGCCGACAGUUUGGCGACAACUCAUCAUUGUUUAGUACUCGUUAUCGAUGUCUGAAGCUAAUUAUGAACGAAGACGAUGAUUUUCUAACGCAUGUGGGCAUCGUCAACCGUGAGUGCGAACGCUUCCAGUUGAAGUCUUUGACUGAAGACCAGUUUAAAACCCUAGUACUCAUUUGCAGUCUCCAGUCCGAAAAGUUCAAUGGCAUAAAGACACAAAUACUGUAUCGAUUGGAUCAAGAUCCUAAGCUCACACUCAGUGACAUUGCCAAUGAGUAUCAACGCUAGAUCAUUACUGAAGAGGAAAGCUGUAGACAGAUAUUUUUUUAUUCUUCUGAGUACUGCUUUUGAAGUAGAUCGUUUUAACUGUCAUGCAAUAAAACUUCUGCUCAGUAUUCCGGUAUUUUAUGAAACAAGUUUCAUGAAUUCAUUCAUCAUUUUAUUAUUUCACUCUUGUAGCAUUUGUACGGGUUGAUUUAGAUUUUUGAGAAAU